CUUUGAGUGCUGGGAGCGCGCGUAUUGGCUGGGCUGCUUCAGACUCGGUGCCAGGUAGGUGGGCCCUCUGCGUGUUGGCACAGACUCAGUCAAUGGUUAGAGACAGAAAGUGGAGAGGAAGAGAGAAACAGAGAGAGCCAGAGUUGGAGAGAAAGAGGGGGAAAGAAAAAAGAAGCUGCACUCGGGUUUGCCAGUGGUCGUGCACAGUCUUCCAACAUUUAUUUGGUCCUCUGGUUUUUUUUUCUUCUUUUUCUUCUCCUCCAUCCGCCCCCCCUCCUCGUCCAGCUCUCCCUCCCUGUGACUCCAUGCAGACUGAACCAAUAGCACACGCUGCUGCAGACUGUUUUUUUCUGUUUGUUUUUCAUGAAGAAUUUUUUUUUGCAAACAGUGAUUGUUUUGAUUUUUGACAGAAAGAAAUCUAAUUUUUUUUAAAUGUAUUAUUAUUGUUUUUCACUUAGAUAGAGAGGUUGCUAAACUUGCCUUCACUCUCCUUCUGCUGUGCUCUUGAGCAGCACGUCUCUGCGCUGCUCCUGCUCCAGUACCUCCUGUGUUCCUGUGCUGGUAUUGCACCGUUGGCCCGUCUCCUCUGAUUUUGCCCCUCGUGCUACCUUCUUUGGACAGUUAUUAAGCUUCAGCUUUAUUUAUUUAUUUUUUGUUUGUGUUUGCUUGUUUUCUGUCUUUUAUUUUGAAAAACUCACAGCAGAACUCCAGCGCUCCACAACCCAGUCACUGAACUGGUUCUGCAUUUAAAGUUUUUUUAUUUUUUUUGCAAUCGAUGGAGUGAAUUUAUGAUGAAAGAGCAAAAUGGAUGAAUUCCACCCAUUCAUCGAGGCCCUUCUGCCCCAUGUCCGCGCCUUCGCCUACACCUGGUUUAACCUGCAGGCCCGCAAGCGCAAAUACUUCAAGAAGCACGAGAAGCGCAUGUCCAAGGAGGAAGAGCGUGCAGUGAAGGAUGAGCUACUCGGGGAGAAGCCAGAGAUUAAGCAGAAGUGGGCCUCGCGCCUGCUGGCCAAGCUCCGCAAGGACAUCCGGCCUGAGUUCCGUGAGGACUUUGUGCUCACCAUCACAGGCAAAAAGCCCCCCUGCUGCGUGCUGUCCAACCCCGACCAGAAGGGCAAGAUCCGCCGCAUCGACUGCCUGCGUCAGGCCGACAAGGUGUGGCGACUGGACCUGGUGAUGGUCAUCCUGUUCAAGGGCAGCCCCCUGGAGAGCACGGAUGGAGAGCGGCUGGUCAAGUCUCCACAGUGCACCAACCCCGGUCUGUGCGUCCAGCCGCACCACAUCGGGGUGUCUGUCAAGGAGCUGGACCUGUACCUGGCCUACUUUGUCCACUCGCCAGAAUCUGGACAAUCAGACAGCUCGAGCCAACAGGGAGACACAGACAUCAAACCACCGCCCAAUGGACACCUGAGCUUUCAGGACUGCUUCGUCACAUCAGGUGUUUGGAAUGUGGCCGAACUCGUCAGAGUGUCACAGACUCCUGUAGCCACGGCGUCGGGGCCUAACUUCUCACUGGCUGAGCUGGACAGCAGUCCCAGCUACUACAACAUUAACCCAGUGGCUCUGGGGCGGCGCUCCCUCACCUCCCCUCCUUCCACCAGGUCUGAGGUGGAGUUGUACGCAAACCUUCCACGGAGCUCCACCAAGAGGAAGUCCUUAGACGACAGCGAGAUGGAGAGUCCCACAGAUGAUGUUUUUUACCCUGGACGCUCGCCUGCUCCCAGCUCUUCCCAGUCCAGCGCAUGGCCCAAUGACAUGGAUGCAGUGCAGCACCAUUUGGCGAGUGUGCAGGAGAGGAAGAUAAAACAUGAAAACGAUGGCGUGCAGUUUCCUUACCAUGGACUGUCCUCGCCUGGUUCACUUAAGAAGCCGGGGAAGUUUGAUUUCAACGCCCUGACUUCCCAGACGAGGUCCCCCCGCAUGGCGUUCACACACCACCCGCUGCCUGUGCUGGCAGGAGUGAGACCAGGGAGUCCCCGUGCCCCGGCCUCAGCCCUGCACUUCCCCUCCUCCUCUAUCAUCCAGCAGUCCAGCCCGUACUUCACCCACCCCACCAUACGCUACCAUCACCAGGACCCGCUUAAGGACUUUGUGCAGUUUGUGUGCACCGACGGCACAGGACAGCCCAGUGCACAGCCCAAUGGAGGUGGCCAGAGCAAAAUGCCGGGCUCCUUCCUGCUGCCCCCGCCACCCCCGGUGGCGCGCCCCGUGCCCCUCCCCAUGCCCGACUCUAAAACCAUCAGCACGCCCACUGACGGUGGACUCAGCUCACCCGCAUCUCCGUCAUACUCCACGCCAGGCUCCACAGCUCCCAACCGGUUUGUCGGCAUCGGAACACGGGACAACUUUCUGAAUAUCCCCCAGCAGACUCAGUCCUGGUUCCUCUGACAAGGCCUCUCUGAAUCAACAGCUCAACGUUUGUCAUGAAAAUUGGAAAUCUGGAGAACGAACGCAUCGCCGCUGAUCGAGAACAAACUGCUGACGCGAAAAGGUCUUUCUCGCCAAACACUAUCAAAAGUCCUACUACAGAACACCCCAGCACCCCCGGGAGGACACCCGCUCCAACGCGAUUUGAAUAGGAACCCCCUUCCACGCAGGAGGCUUCGGUGAGACGGAGAGGACACGAUCAGAACGCAGGAGGAGGAAGAUGAACUGUCUCGCAAACACUUUGAAAUGUCAGAAAGAAAACACAAUGUAGAAAGCUGACAAAUGACCAAUUAAACAUUUGUUUUUCUUUCUGUUAUACACACACACACACACACACACACACACAUAGAUAUAUGUAUGUGUGUAUAUAUA